AUGGCACGGUACUCGGAUGCUGACCCGAAAGACGCGGGUUCGAUGCCGGCCGCGCUGGACUCAUUUGAACGGACGCUGAACGCGAGAGCGAGCGAGGUGCGCGACAUUCUGCUUGCCCCACCAGCCGAAGAUGCCUAUCGAGUGCUCAAAGAGAAGCUGAUUCGCCGUCUAACCCCUUUGGAGCCGGAGCGCCUGCAGCAGCUGCUACGCGAGACCGAACUGGGCGACCGCCGACCCAGCCAACUGUUGCGCCACAUGCAGCAACUAGCGGGCUGCACAGCAGGUCUCGACAGUCGCCUGGUGCAGGAGCUUUUCCUUCAAAGACUGCCCGAAACCGUGCGGAUAGGCGUCACGGCUUCCGGAGAGACGGACGUUUCCAAGAUCGCCGAAAUGGCUGACCGACUCAUGGCCGUCGCCACGCCAGCAGUUGCCACGGUGCUCGCCGAAGCCUCGCCCUCUCCCGCCUUGUUGGAGAUUCGUGCGGAAAUUUCUCGCCUCGCCGACACAGUCGCGGCGCUGCAGUCAAGCGGAAGUCAAAGCACACGGCGGAGUGCUACACAACAACAGCGGCAGCUGUGCUGGUACCACCGUAAGUUCGGUGAUACUGCACGGAAAUGCGUGCCGCCGUGCGAGAAAUCGGGAAAUGCGCCGAGCCAGCACUGA